GGAGUUUGUUGUAGCAGCGCGCCGUCUGUCAACCAGGAAGUCCUCAAUAAGACACAUUCACUUUCCAGGUGCAGAGGAAUGGCUCUAGGCUGGGUAUCUUUCUGCCAUGAAUAAGAGGAAGUAUUGUGUCCACAAUGUUGUAAAACCAUCUAAGACUCCUAGGACGGAUGGUAAAACACAUGUCCAGGAUGAGGAGGAUGAAGAAGUCCAGCAAGAUCACUCACUCUCUGCUUCGAGCGUGGGAGAUAUUGGCGUGAUAGAAAGUAUCACUUUGAGGAACUUUAUGAGUCACCAUUUGCUUGGACCUUUCAAAUUUGGACCAAAUGUAAACUUCAUUGUUGGGAACAAUGGAACUGGGAAAAGUGCUAUUCUGACAGCUCUUAUAGUGGGUCUUGGUGGAAAAGCAACCACAACCAACAGAGGAACAUCUUUGAAGGGCUUUGUGAAAUAUGGAGAGAGUUUUGCAGACAUUAAAGUGAAAUUAAAAAACAGAGGGAACGACCCCUAUAAAGGUGACAUUUAUGGCGACAGCAUCUGCAUUGAGCAUCGGAUCACAAGUGACGGUUGCAGAACUUGUAAAAUCAAGAAUAAAAUUGGCCAUGUCGUUUCCACAAAGAAGGAAGAGUUAACUGCUAUACUGGACCAUUUCGGCAUCCAGGUCGACAAUCCGGUUUCAGUCCUCAAUCAAGAAAUGAGCAAACAGUUCCUGCAUUCAAAAAGUGAAGCAGACAAGUACAAGUUUUUCAUGAAAGCAACUCUUCUGGAGCAAAUGAAAAGAGACUACAUUCACAUCAAGCAGACUAAAGCCUUGACACGCGAACAAGUGGAAAGACAAGAAGAGUGUCUUAAAGAUCUCAAGCAGUUGUUUUUGCAAAAGAAAGAAAGAUAUGAAUGCUUGUCGUCGCUCGACAAUAUGAGACAGACUCUGGAGGACCUGAAAAAGAAGAUGGCAUGGUGUUUGGUGAGAGAGAAUGAGAGGCACGUUGAACAACUGAUCGAACAAAUUGAAAAAGAAGAGUCUGACUGUAAACAUGAAGAAAAGCUGCAGCUCUGUCAGAACAAAGUCACGGCUGCUGAAAAGAGAUUGCAGGACAUUCAGAAGAAGCUUUGCACUCUUAGAGAAGAGCAGGAGCGUUUGGCAGAGGAGAGCUGUAAGAUGAAGGAAGAAAUUAAAGUCAAAACAAAAGCACAGAAAAAUCAGGAGGUGGUUUACUUCCGCGCUGAGAAUAAAUUGAAACAAUUAGAAAAGGAGCAAUGCCUUCUUCAGGAGCGAAUUCACAAAAUAAGUAAUGGCAGUGGCAGAAGAAGCCAUGAGACUGAGCAAGCACAGCACCUAAAAAAAAUAUCUGCCUUCAAAAAGCAGCUGGAAAAGCUUGAGAAAGAGUCCAGCGCUCUGAAUCAAGAGGUUAAGGACAAACAACUAGCUCUGCUUAAAGGAAGAGAGGAAUAUGAUAAACUGAGCAUGGAGGAAAAGAACAUCCAGGUCUCUCUGGAGUCUAAACUGAAGAGAAAAAAGCAGCUAAUGGCCAGCAGAUCCAACAGACUGAGACGGUUUGGCGAUCACAUGCCAGAAUUGUUGGAGUCCAUCGACAAAGCCUUCACUUGGGGCCGAUUCAUCAAGAAACCUGUAGGACCAAUAGGUGCAUGCAUCAGCCUAAAGGAUCCCAGUUUAGCCGUGGCUGUGGAGAGUUGCUUACGAGGUUUCUUUAAAACCUUUUGCUGUGAUAAUUACAGGGACGAAAAAGUCCUGCAAGGACUGAUGUCGUCAUACUUCCCCAAAGGCAGCAGGCCUCCGAUUAUGGUGUGUCCAUUCACAGACAGAGUUUAUAACCUGCAAAGCCGUGGAGUCCAUCAUCCUGAGUUUCCAUCUGUGCUGGACUGCCUCAAUAUCGAGAACCCGGUGAUAGCAAACUGCCUCAUUGACAUGAGGAGCAUUGAGAGCAUUCUGAUUAUCAAAGAGAAAGCUCGUGCAAGGAAAGUCAUGCAGGAGUCGAGACCCCCGAAGAAUUGCCGCGAGGCCUUCACUGCAGAUGGUGAUCAGGUCUUCAGCCAUCGCUAUUACACACCUGAACAUGAAGUACUGGUCAAAUAUCUUGGGGGAGACCCAGAGGCAGAAAUACGUCUAUUGGAGUCAGAGCUGGAGAACAGCCAGGCUCAGCUUUCACGGUUCCAGCUUCACUUGAGCUCUGUGAAGGAGGACAUUCAGUUCAUGGAGGAGAAGCUGCGUAGUGUCAUCAUGGCCUGCAAAAAGAAUCAGGAAAGUAUAAAUAAGGUUAAAGCUUCCAUCACAGAACUUGAGAACAUUGAAGAGGCACAGGCUGAAGACAUCAGCUCCCUGGAAGAAGAUGCACAAGAAAAUGAACAGAAGAUCGAAUCGGAGAGGAGAAACGUGAAAGAGGCUCAGGAUGAGUUAAAGGAACAUGAGAGAGUGCUUACAAGUAUUAAUCAGAAAUAUAAAGAUGUGAAAAAUAAAAUGGAGCAACUCUCAGAUGAGACAGAACAACUGAAGGAGGAGCAAGUUAAGGCAGAGGCUGCGUGCAGUAAACUUGAUCAAACCUUGAAGAUCUUGGAGAAGAAACUCGAGGAUCAUCAGGCUAAUAUUCAGGCCAUGAAAGAGGAGUUGUCACUCAGAGAGGAAGAAAUGCAGGAUUGUGAAGCCAAAGCCAAAGAGAUCUGUCCUGUGCGACAGCAGGUAGAUCAGAGUGCCAGAUGUAUCGAUGCCCAAAUCACACGCCUACGACAAAAAAUCAGUACGGAAGAGAGCAGCCAUGGUGACAAGGAACAAGUUAUCAGAGAGUACGCAGAGGCUCACAAUAAUUACAAAAGCAAAUCCAGCCAGCUGAGGGAUCUCAGGAAGUUUAUUGAUCGUCUCGACCACAUCAUGAUUGACCGUCAGGACCGAUACAAAUCAAUGCGACGGUCACUUUCUGUGAGGUGCAAGCUGUACUUCAGCAACUUCAUGAUGCAGCUGAACUGCAGUGGCUCUAUGAUGUUUGAUCACAUCAAUGAAUCUCUGUCCAUUUCAGUGAAACCCCCCGGUCAGGAAAAAAACGACGUCAAUGACAUGCGUUCCCUCUCGGGAGGCGAGCGCUCCUUCUCCACUGUCUGCUUCAUUCUGGCACUCUGGGAAAUUACAGAGUCGCCCUUCCGGUGCCUGGAUGAGUUUGAUGUCUACAUGGACAUGCAUAAUCGCAGCAUUUCAAUGAACAUGCUUGUGGCACUUUCAGAACGUCAGCAUGUGCGACAGUUCAUCUUCAUCACCCCUCAGUCCACCAGCCAUCUGCCUAAAAGUGCCCUUAUUACGAUCCACCAGCUUCAGGAUCCAGAGAGAGAAGCGGAGGAGGUGUGAGAUGUGCGUUAGAUGAAGCAGGCUUUCCCUUCUUACCUGCUGUGAUGUUUUGUGAGCAGUGAUGCGGGUCGAAGGGCUGCAGCAUCA